AUGUUCUUGGUUUCGUUGCUCGUAUGGCUGCCGGCGGUGCAUGCGGUAAGCUUCUGUUCGAGUGAGAACACUGCCAAUGGGAAUGGUGUAUCUUGGCAGUAUCAAAGUAAUGGUUGGUGUUCAGAGCAUUGUGCUGGCUCUCAGUAUGCUGUUUUGAAAGGUGGAUACUGUUGGUGUUCUGAAACUGGUCCAAGUCGUACAACGUCGUUGGAUGAGUGUAGUGAUAAGUGUGAUGGGUAUCCAGCUGAGAGUUGUGGGAACGAUGCUAAGGGCCUGUACCAGUAUUUGUACCUGGGACAGGGGACUCCCACGAUAAGCAGUGUGAGUUCAAGCACUGUGGCAACGAGUACUAGUAGCUCAAGAAGCAGUACUACAAGCACAACGAGCCGUUCCAGUAGUACUAUUAGCUCGAUUAGUUCGACUUCCACCAGCAGUACACCAAGUUCAAGCUCAAGUUCAAGCAGUUCGACAAGUACGACAAGUUCGAGCAGUACAACGAGUUCCAGUAGCUCGAGCAGUACGACGAGUUCCAGUAGGUCAAGUAGUUCCAGUAGUAUUAGUACUACCAGUUCGUCUAGUUCGAGCAGUUCUAGCAGUUCGAGCAGUUCAUCCAGUUCAAGCAGCUCGUCCAGCUCAAGUUCAAGCUCAAGCUCCAGCUCUUCCAGCUCAAGCUCAAGCUCCAGCUCUUCCAGCUCAAGCUCAAGCUCAAGCUCCAGCUCUUCCAGCUCAAGCUCAAGCUCAAGCUCCAGCUCAAGCUCCAGCUCGUCCAGCAGUAGCAGCAGCAGCAACGGGAUAACAACAACUGUCAUCUACUCUGUGGCUACGAGAACCCUCACGCAAACCCCAUCAAAUUCUAAUUCCUCAAAUACUCAGACCACGCAGGUAUCACAACUUCUGACAACAAUGACCCUGGUGGUUACUUCCUCGCUUGCCAGCAGCACACUCGCCCUCGCGCCAACCAACCUUAACAGAACUAGUGAUAAUCAGAACAAAGGAUUUUGGCACUCUCCCGGAAAAGUCGCAGGCACAUUUGUCGCUGUUGGGAUUGUUGCACUAGCAAUUCUCCUCCUAAUAAUCUGGUUCUUCUUCAUCAGACCACGUAGAAAGCAGAAACAGUUCGAGGAACAAUAUGGUGCAGCAGUUCUAUCUCCAAGAGGUCCUCAUAACCCCAAUUACGCCGACUCUAUGAACUACCCAGGGAACAGAUCCUCUUCAGGGUCACAAGGAUUCGUUUACGCAGACGAGAAGGGAAUCAUAGAUACAACUCCUAGAACUAGAAGAAAUUCGUUCGAUGACGAAUCAGCUGACUUCGCCAACCCACAUCCAAUAAUCAUGGACCAAAGACUAGACCCACAUCGUCUACUAUCACAGGAAAACCCAUCAGCGGUCUCCUUAGCGGACGACAUAGACUAUUCAAGAAAAGUUCUACGAGUAAUCAAUGAAUAA